AGAGCCGCCCUGCUGCCUGCUCCGGGUGUCUGGCCGCCUGCACGGAGAUUGUGGGGGCUGCUGCUGCUGAGCAACAAUCCAUCGCUUUCAACUAAGCCUCAACUUGCACAGCCGGCGAGGAUGGCAACGCUGCUGGAGCUUCGGAGCUGCCCAGAGAGCCGGGGAACCUGGGUUUUGUUUGCCACUGUCUAAUAAAUGGGAGUAAAAUGGAAUUUCUCACCUGGGUUUUUCCUGCCUUGGUCCUACUGUGCACCCAGCAGCACAGGUGUAUCAGAGCUAUGAAUGACAUUGGAGAUUACAUAGGUUCCAACAUCGAAAUAUCCUGGUUACCCAACCUGGAUGAUUUAAUGAAAGGGUAUGCACGUAAUUUCAGGCCUGGGAUUGGAGGUCCUCCUGUUAAUGUUGCUCUUGCAAUCGAAGUAGCCAGCAUUGACCACAUCUCAGAAGUGAACAUGGAAUAUACCAUGACGGUGUUUUUGCAUCAGAGCUGGCGAGAUGACCGUCUGUCUUACAACCACACCAACGAAACUUUGGGCUUAGACAGCCGGUUCGUGGACAAGCUCUGGUUGCCUGAUACUUUCAUAGUAAAUGCAAAGUCUGCCUGGUUCCAUGAUGUGACUGUGGAAAACAAACUUAUCAGGCUCCAGCCAGAUGGAGUCAUUUUAUACAGCAUCAGGAUUACCUCAACAGUGGCCUGUGACAUGGACCUUUCCAAGUACCCAAUGGAUGAACAAGAAUGCAUGUUGGAUUUGGAGAGCUAUGGCUACUCUUCAGAGGACAUCGUCUACCACUGGUCAGAAAACCAGGAGGAGAUCCAUGGGCUGGAUAAGCUGCAGCUUGCUCAAUUCACAAUUACCAGUUACCAAUUCACAACAGAAAUGAUGAAUUUCAAAUCUGCAGGUCAGUUUCCCAGGCUCAGUCUCCACUUCCACCUUCGGCGAAACCGAGGAGUGUACAUCAUUCAGUCUUACGUUCCCUCUAUCUUACUAGUGGCCAUGUCCUGGGUAUCCUUCUGGAUCAGUCAGUCGGCUGUGCCUGCCAGAGUGUCACUAGGUAUAACUACUGUUCUUACUAUGACUACACUGAUGGUCAGUGCCCGAUCUUCACUUCCACGAGCAUCUGCCAUCAAGGCACUUGAUGUUUACUUCUGGAUUUGCUAUGUGUUUGUCUUCGCUGCACUGGUGGAAUAUGCAUUUGCACAUUUCAAUGCUGACUACAUGAAAAAGCAAAAGAACAAGAUAAAGGCGAGAAGGCAGAGUGGAGAGAUAAACGUGAAGAAUGCCAUUGUUCUGUUUUCCCUUUCCAUAGCUGGUGUGAACCAGGAACUGGUCGUUUCCAACAGGCAGCACCGAAUUCCCAGAAGCCUGCCUGGAUCGUAUGGGACAAUAGAAAUAGAAACUGGAGAGACAAAACGGCAGCAAGUAAUGAAACUGGAUAAAAAGAGUGGUCUGAAGUCCCUUUUUAAGCCCAUUGAUGCUGAUACCAUUGAUAUAUAUGCCAGAGCCGUGUUCCCAGCAGCCUUUGCAGCAGUCAAUGUUAUAUACUGGGUUGCAUACACGAUGUAAAAAAAAAUAGAAAUUCACGGGAAAAGCUACAAAUUGAACAAUACCCACAGACUGAAAAGCCCUUGCUGAAACUAUAUUGAUCCAUCUCUUCUCAAAAUAUUUUCCAAUGAGCUCGAGACGUUUCUCAAGUCAAGAAAGUCCUGCAAGCAAUUCCUACUAAAAGCAGCAAUUUAUUACCAAUCUGAUUUGGUACGGUAAUAACUGUACUCUGCCAAACAAUCCCAGCUCCUUAUUUCCUGUAUUACCAUAAAACAAUUUUUCAUAUGUACAUACUUGCAGCAAGAGUUUAAAUCUUAAAUUAUCAUGGUUUUCCUCUACUUUAAGGGUUGAUCAGUAAUGAAGAUUUGGCUUUUCACACUCAGAUCAUUUCCUUUUUAAUGUAAGAGCUAAUUCGUCACUUC